AGGUGAUGAUGCGGAGUGACGUGUCGCGGGGUGUGGCUACGCAGUGCGGCUCCGUCUCCCUAGCAAGAUACAGGCUGUCGCCGUCAUGUCUGACAACAAUAACGGGGAAGAGCCCGCGUUGCACGGUUCCUGGGUGGAGCUCCAAAUGAACAGCAACGGGAAUAAUGUAGACAGCAACAGGAAUGGAGGGCUGGAACAUGUGCCAUCCUCCUCCUCUAUCCACAAUGGAGACAUGGAGAAGAUCCUCCUGGAUGCCCAGCAUGAGUCCGGACAGAGCAGUUCCCGAAGCAGCUCACAGUGUGAAAGCCCCUCACCUGAAGAAGGACAAAUCACCUUUGAUGUCGAGAUGCACACAAGUAAAGACAGCUUCCAGUCGGAGGAAGAAGAUGAAGAUGUAGAAAAAGAAGAGGAAGCUCUAAAGAAAAGUGCAGACUGGGUAUCUGACUGGUCAAGUAGACCUGAAAAUAUUCCUCCCAAGGAAUUUAAUUUCCGCCACCCCAAGCGCUCAGUGUCUUUGAGCAUGAGAAAGACUGGCGCCAUGAAGAAAGGGGGCAUUUUCUCUGCAGAGUUCCUGAAAGUGUUUAUCCCUUCUUUAUUCAUCUCUCAUAUUCUGGCUCUGGGUCUGGGUAUAUACAUUGGAAAGAGGCUGACCCUUCCAUCUGCCAGUUCCUAUUGAUGGAGCAUGAUGUGGAAUUGAACCCGUGACCCUGUGAAGAUGUGUUCCUGUCACAUUUGUGCAUUCGAACUUUGCACCAUGUUAAGCAUGACUCAAAGCACCCCUCUACCCUUCACCCAUCUUUCAAACCGGGGGAAACUUUUUUUUUUCCCAUCUUGUAGGUUCAGAGCCCCAGUCCAUAAUGUGAAGAUCCUGAUUUACCCAACAGAGAAUAACUUGUUUCCCGAUACUUCUCUGCAGAGCCAGAAACACAGCUUUCCCUUGGGAUAAAAAAGAAAAAUGGUCUGGUUCAGUCCAGCAAAGAUUUCUCUGUCCUUACCUGGAUGAAUACAACAGGGAUUCUGCAGCUUGUGUGUUCGAAUGAAGCUAGCAGUUCUCUUGCUGUUGUCAUCUAAAUCCUACAGAGCUUUCGCUCUUACUGUUUAGGUGAUGAUCAGAAGCACUCAUUGUCAUUGGAUGGAUAAGGCUAUCUGUGCCCUCCCUGCCAUAGUUUGGAGUAAUUCACCAAUUUCCGGUGUCUUGGUGAGGCCAGCAGUGCUCUAAGGUUGCAGGCCGCCGGCGUUGCUUGAUGUCUAUGACUGAAUGAAGCCACCAGAGUUUUUCCUUGCUGUCUGGAUGACAACACCAGUGCUUGAAGUAACUUUGUGCGGAUUACGUUUGCUGUCUUUUCCUUGUCAUUAGAUGAAGCUGGUCACUGAACGGAGCUGGUAGUAGUUGCGUGGAUAAGGAUCGAAGUGCUUUCCCCAACAUUAGGUGAAGCCACCCAACCUAUAAAUUUACACAUCCCUUUGUUGGAGAGUAAAAACAUUGGCCUUUGCCACAUACAGUAGCUGUGCAGACAGGAGCUCUGGAUCUACAAAUAACAACCCACUAACUUUCUAAGUGAGAAAAUCCAUAAAAUCCUUCAGCCUGCAGAAGGUUGAGCAGUCAUCCAGUCCCACCUCCACAUGGUGCAAAAAGUAGGCCACUGGUAAACCAUUAUAGGGACAGUAUCAUGGAGACUUUUUAAAAACACAUUUUUGGUAGCAAGUAUAUCUUUUUCAGAUUCCAUCUCAGUAUUGCCACAAAAAUAUUUGGGAUUUGGUACAGAGAAGGUUUUACAACAAUAGUAGCUUGUUUGAAAGAUUUAGCACCAUAUAUAAAAUGCAUCUUUACGUAAUCCAGGUAUUACAUUCUAGUGAUCUGUACUGAUCGUGAGCAUCUCAUGCCUGAUAGAAUUCAUUACCUCUUUGGGUUUAGUACAGUACUCAUGCACUGCCCUCUGUGUAUAUAAUGAUGUAUACCACCAUUGUAGUAUGUGCAGAUUAUAAUCACAUGUAGCAUAUCCUUGAUAUUGGAAUCCGCUGGGAUCGUCUCCCUGUAACAUCAAUAACAGCACCUCGUUAAAUAGAGGAUUCUUAUUGCUCUUUAAGAAGAACGUCGUUAAUUCAGGCUGUGGGCCUGAACAAAACACUGCACAAUCCCUCACUGACUGGUCCUUUGCAUUAUAAGCUCAAGGGCAGAAUAUUACCUUAACACAAUCUACACUAUCAUCACUCCUCUGCCUGUCUCCAAGCUGGAAAUCUGCCCAAUUUCCUCUUUUUAUGUCUGUAUGUGUUUUUUUUUUUUU